GCACUCUCCCAUGUAUCGCCACUAAGGAACUACUUCCUUCAGGAGCAGAACUACAAAAAGAUCAAGCGGCCACCUGGUGACCAAAUGUUCCUUAUCGUUCAGCGUUUCGGGGAACUAAUCCGAAAAUUGUGGAAUCCACGAAACUUCAAGGCUCAUGUCAGUCCUCACGAAAUGUUGCAGUCUGUAGUCUUGUGUAGUAAGAAGAAGUUUCAGAUCACAGAGCAAGGUGACUCAUUGGAUUUCAUGUCCUGGUUCCUCAAUGCUCUGCACUUGGCCCUGAACGGCACCAGGAAGCUCACCAGCAGCAUUGUCAAUAAGACAUUCCGUGGCAAGAUGAGAGUCUACACCCGCAAAGUGCUGCCUGUAGAAUUGAAAGAUGAAGAGAAAGAAAUGUUACUACAGACAGAUGAAUAUACAGAGACCUAUGAGGAGAUCCCCUGGCUGUAUUUGACCUGUGACCUUCCACCUCCUCCCCUGUACCCUGAUGAGUUGCGAGAAAACAUCAUCCCACAGGUGCCCUUUUCCACUAUCCUCGCUAAAUUUAAUGGAAUAUCAGAAAAGGAGUACAAGUCCCACAAAGAUUCACACAUGAAGAGGUUUGAGUUGACACGGCUCCCUCCCUACAUCAUUUGUUAUAUCAAGAGAUUCACAAAAAAUUAUUUCAUUCAAGAAAAGAAUAGAACAAUUGUCAACUUUCCUAUCAAAAACAUAGACUUUGGCGAUCUUUUGUCUCCUGAGAUCCGAGCUCAACACAAGAACACAACCUAUGAUCUUAUGGCCAACAUUGUCCACGACGGGGAGCCAAAGUCAGGGAAGGGCACAUACAGAGUGCAUGUCAUACAUAAGGGCUUAGGUAAAUGGUACGAGAUGCAAGAUCUCCAUGUAACAGACAUCCUGCCUCAGAUGAUUCCUCUGUCAGAAAGCUACAUACAG